GAGAAAAAUUAAACUAGCCAUUAUCUCGUGAAGUAAUAGAAGCGCCAGCAGCAGCAGCAGCAGGAGCGUUUGAUAGCUGUGACUCUCACCAUUCACAUUAUUCAGUCAUUCACCACCACCACCACCACCAACCACACCACCAGCUCCCCCGUAUAUCUUGCUUUUCCCGAACCCCAAAAAAACAAAAAACCCAUUUUUCCAGCUAUAAAAUUAUGAUCUGGGCUGGUCUUAUUUCCUAGAGAAAUUUACUUCGCGUCCAUACAUAUUUACAUAAAGAAACAGGUACUCAUGGGGUCUGGUGAUGAUCAGCUAGGUUAUGAUCCGAGUCCUGCACCAAAACUCUCCUUGUUUUCACUUUCAAGCAAGCUACAUGAGUCGCCUGCAGGGAUGUUAACCCCGCCAAUCCAUACAUUAGCCUCAGUUCCAUUCAAGUGGGAGGAAGCACCAGGCAAGCCUAGACCUUCUUGCUUCACUCAAUCCAAGCCCAAGUUUGCUAGGUGCUUGGAACUGCCACCAAGGUUGUUAAAUGAGGCCAAGGUUAGCAACAUGCCUUCUCCAACAACUGUCUUCGAUGGACCUUACGUGCCUCGUUCCUUGUCUCUUGGAAAGGGAAGAUCAUUUAGCAACCUAGAGAAUUUGGGCUGCGGGGAGGUGAAUAGCAAAGAGAGGGUUACAUUUGGGUCUGGUAGGUGGGGAUUCUUCAGGAAAAAUAAUAAAGAAGUUGCUGCUCCGAGCCAUGGAGAUAUUGGUGUUAAUCAUGGAGGUGAAGCAGUUAGAGUGAAGAUCACAAGAAUUAGAAGAAGAUCAAGUUUCUUGGGGCUUUCUCACACAAGAUCACAUUUUUGGACAGACAUCUAUGAAAGCUUCAAGCAUGCGGUCCCAUGGACACGAAGGUAGAGCAAGAAGAUAGAAACUGAGAAAAGAAGAAGAAGAGCAAGCCUCGUCAGUACCAAAGUUCAAUUUCUCCUUGAUGAAUUAUUAAUUGUGCAGUCAAGUCACUACCUAUAUAUUUCCAUGUGGUGCUGUUCGUAGUUCUAAUUUUCUUCCUCGACCAUUGAAUUUGUGUAUAGAUAUAGAUCAAAAUCAAUAAUGUAACGCUUGUU